GAUCUCACACCACCUCACAAUCAAGGCGAUCUCUGCAACCCACUUCCCACUACUUAUUCAAAACAUAAUUGUCCUAUUCCGUGACGUUAUUUUCAGAUUUUAAACGAGGUGUUCCUCCUCCUGUCCUAGCUUCUUGUUUGUUAACGCACGUUUCAAAAAGUUAGCGGAUCGCUUCUGCGAGAUAGUGAAAUCACAUCCAAGUUCCGUGACUAAUUAAGGUGGUAAUGGAAUUUUGGCCAGAAUUUCUUGCGAGCAGCACCGGUAAAGAGUUUGUUGCAGGAGGGUUUGGAGGCACUGCUGGCAUAAUCUCUGGUUACCCAUUAGACACGCUGCGUGUGAUGCAACAGAACUCCAACAAUGGCUCUGCCUUCACCAUCCUUAGAAAUCUCCUCGCCAAACAAGGACCAACUGCUCUCUACCGUGGCAUGGCUGCACCUUUAGCCUCUGUUACCUUUCAGAACGCAAUGGUUUUCCAAAUUUACGCAGUUCUGUCGAGGGCAUUUAGCUCGUCCGUUUCAAUUAACGAGCCUCCUUCCUACAAGGGUGUGGCGUUAGGAGGAUUUUGUAGCGGCGCUUUGCAGAGCAUGUUGCUCUCCCCUGUGGAGUUAGUGAAGAUUCGCCUUCAGCUGCACAAGCACAACACAAGAGAACCGCAAAAGGGUCCCAUAAGGGUGGCCAAAAACAUAUGGAAAAAAGAGGGUCUGCGUGGCAUUUACCGAGGGCUUGGCAUCACCAUGCUACGUGAUGCACCGGCACAUGGCUUAUACUUUUGGACAUACGAAUACGCUAGGGAGAAGCUUCACCCUGGUUGCAGAACAAGUUGUGAAGAGAGGUUGAAUACUAUGCUGCUUUCAGGAGGACUGGCCGGGGUUGUGAGCUGGGUUUUCAGCUACCCUUUGGACGUUGUAAAGACGAGGUUGCAGGCUCAGACACUCUCUUGGCCGAAAUAUAAUGGCAUUUUGGAUUGCCUGAGAAAGAGUGUUACAGAGGAAGGGUACGUUGUGCUGUGGCGGGGCUUGGGAACUGCGGUUGCAAGAGCCUUUGUGGUCAACGGUGCUAUCUUUUCGGCUUAUGAGAUUUCUCUCAGGUGUCUGUUUCACAAGUGACAGCUCAAGCAUUCAAAUGUGGGAAACAAUCAUACUAGUUGUCGUUUGAAUUGAGGGAGACAUGAGAAUGGGAUAGCACAGCACAUUUUCGAUUGCCAAGUGUCCUCAAAACUGAAAAUUGACAUUCAGCUAUGCUAUUUCAUCAUCAUUACUUGAUGUAGUUGCCGAAUGCCAAACAUAUUCGCUCACAUUCAGAUAAAAGGAAACCAAGAAACGAGGAA